AUGGAGACACCAGGUGUACCCACAGAUCGGUUGAGGGCACCGGUGGGGUUGUGUGUCAUGGUCGUCCUGCUUAUCAGGGGGUCGACUGGGUUAGUCUGCUACACUGCAGUGGAAUCACUGGACUUAGGCUGCCUCCUGCGGUGGGAUUGUCCCAAUGCCAGUCCUAAUACCACCUAUACCGUGCAGACAAAGACUCAGGGGGACCCCUGGCAGGACGUGCCGUGGUGCGUUUGGGUCUCGUCCCGCUGGUGUGACGUCUCUCUGGCCUUUUCAAACUUUGAGCUGUACAACAUGAUUCGUCUCGGCGUCCACCUCAGCCCCAGCACCACCGUCUGGAUCGAGCCACGCAAGUUCGACUACAGUGACUUCAGUCAGUGAUAGUCUGCAUUUUGUUUAAUACAA